GCUUAUAAUUACAGCUGGACAGCUUCAAACAUCUUUAGCCAGCGCACAACUCAAAUUGCACUGCACUGAAAAAUUCUGGAUAUGACGUCAGAAUCCCGGAUAUGACACAGCCAGACAGUUAAGAGCCUGCUGGGUAAUCCGAUGAGCCCAGUACAGUCCAUGAGAACCGGGAAUGUCACGAAUUGCGAAGUUGUCUGAGGAGAAUUUGUCGCUAGUUCAACAGAUAUUUUGGUGAGUGGUAGCUAACAUCAGCGACACCAUGUUAGUUGGCAAACAUCACCAGUACAGGUGUGUGACCCAUGGAUCAGAACAGCAGCAGUGAGGAGCUGCAAGUAAUUAAUAGCGACCCCGUGGUGGAGAGGAUUAAGAUGGCCAUAGUGCAAGUGCUGGUUUGGUUCUUUAUUUACAUCGACAUCUUCAUGCUCUUCACCUUAUUCAGUAAGCAGGCUUUCUGGGGCACCGCACGCUACAUCCUGUUUGCUCACACCCUGCUGGUGGACUCAAUCUACCUGCUGCUCACAGAACUGGUGGUGCUGCUUAGCUACAACUAUCUGCUCUUUCCUGUGAGUUCCUGCAUUCUGCUCUGCAUUAUCUUGGAGAUCGUUAGCAACUGCACACCAGUGACCAUCACUGCUAUGUGCUUAGAGCGCUAUGUGGCCAUCUGCAUGCCUCUGAGGCACGCUGACAUCGCCACCACUGGCAGAAUGUUGGUUGUCAUCACCACUGUCUCAGCCUACAGCUCCCUCAUCCCUUUUCUGGACCUCUUUAUCCUGAUCAUCACGGCCCCGCCCGGCUACUUUGCCACGCCGACCUUGUGCCACUAUGAGAUCAUGAUUCUGACCGAGUGGCAUCGCUUCAUACGGGACGUCUGGUAUCAAAUUGACAUAGUUUUGAUUGUGCUUAUCAUUCUGUUUUGUUAUGUUAAAAUCACGCUGGCUGCUCGAACUGCCUCCGGAGAGAAUAAGCAGUCUGCGUCAAAGGGGAGACACACGCUCCUGCUCCACGGCCUGCAGCUCAUUCUCUGCAUAGCUGACAAUUUGAGCCCUUACACUGAGAAAAUAGCGCUGGAGCACAGUCUGCAGCUAUACUUGAGUAUCCGAUACUCCAAUUAUGUGGCCUUGGGUAUCGUCUCCAGGGCUCUGAGUUCAAUAAUAUAUGGUCUCAGAGAUAAAAAGUUUUCCCUUGUUCUAAUGUAUUACAUCACCUGCAGGUUUAAUCACAAUAUAGCAGCUUAAAGACUCUUCAGAGAUGAAUCGGUAUAUCUGAAUAUAAAGACAGCACUACAUACGCCUGCAAGGUCUCUUUUGCUCUUGUGAAUAUGUCUGGGUCAAAUAUGCACUUGAAAUACUUGAACUCCUUAGACACCAGUGAAAUUUAAACACUUCUGAAGAUCCCUGGCAAUUUUACAAUGAAACGUACGUAUUACUAAGCAUUGGCAAAAAUGUUUCUUUCAAAACUGCAGCAGUUUUACUGGUUAAAUAAUUUCUUAGGACAAACAUUAAAAAAUAAAUUAGGAAA